CUGUUUUGUUCUCUUCACAGGAUAUGUGGAUGUAAUCUCACUGCUGAGUCCUGUAAAUAUUUAGCUUCAGCUCUACAGUCUUCAAACUCCCAUCUGAAUGUGCUGGACCUGAGUAACAAUGAUCUGCAGGAUUCAGGAGUGGACCUGCUUUCUGAAGGACUGAAGAGUCCAAACUGUCAGCUGAAGAUACUGAGAUGUUCCAUAUGUUAUCUCAAUGCUCAUUCUUGUGGGAGUUUGUCAUCAGUUUUACAAUCCUCAAACUAUGUCCUGAGAGAGCUGGACCUGAGUAAUAAUGACCUGCAGGAUUCAGGAGUGAAGAUUCUUUCUGAAGGACUGAAUAAUCCAAACUUUCAGCUGAAGAUACUGAGGUUGUCUGGAUGUAUGGUGACAGAAGAAGGCUGCCGUUAUUUGUCUUCAGCUCUGACUUCUAACCCCUCACACCUGAGAGAGCUGGAUCUGAGCUACAAUUACCCAGGAGAUUCAGGAGUCAAGCUGCUCUCUGAAAAACUGCAGGAUCCAAACUGCAAACUGGAUAAACUAAAUGUGGAUCAUGGAGGAGAAUCCAGGAUUACAGCAGGGCUAAAUAAAUAUGCCUGUUUUCUCACACUGGAUCCAAACACAGCAAAUAAUCAACUCAUUCUGUCUGAGGAGAAAAGAAAGGUGACAUGUUUGGAUGAGAAACAGUCAUAUCCUGAUCAUCCAGACAGAUUUGAUGGGCAUCCUCAGGUGUUGUGUACAGAGAGCAUUUAUGGACGUUGUUACUGGGAGAUUGAGUGGAGUGGUGAUGAUGGUGUGUAUAUAGCAGUGUCGUAUAAGAGCAUCAGCAGGAAGGGAGAUGGUGAUGAGCAAUGGUUUGGAUGUAAUGAUCAGUCCUGGAGUUUGAUCUGCUAUCCUGACAGAUACUCAUUCAGACACAAUAAGAUAGUGACUUGUCUCCCUGUGAGGCCCAUCAGUAGUAGAAUAGGAGUGUUUGUGGAUCACAGCGCAGGUACUCUGUCCUUCUACAGCAUUUCUGACACAGUGAGCCUAAUCCACACAGUCCAGACCACAUUCACUCAGCCGCUCUGUCCUGGGUUUAAAGUUUAUUAUAAAUCAUCUGUGAAACUGUUUUGACAAUUGACAGGAGAUUCUAACAAUAAUGCUUUGAGCUGCAUGAUAAAUCAGUAACAGUGAGAUGUUAGAUGUUAUUUCUUUAAAAUACAUUAAUACUGCAGCUGUACUUAUGUCAGUGAGAAUAGAUUAAAUAAAAUGUGUGUAAUAAAUCUUCAUAUAAACCGUAAGAUCAGUGUGUUUUUGUGCAUAGGCAAACUGUGUG